AUGACUGUGGAUGCUGAAGGAUCUGCUAGUGGCCUAUUAUGCAUAUGGGAUCCAGUGGGUCAAAGAGGGAAACUGUGGGAGUGUCUUUUGAAGCUAAAGGAGGAGUUUUCUAAUCCCUGGUGUAUAGGGGGGACUUUAAUGAAAUUACAAAUAUUGGAGAGAGGAAAGGCUGUUCUAGGAGGGAGAAGGAAGCUGAAAAGGUUGAAAAUAGCACUUCAACAGUGGAAUAGCGAAGUUUUUGGUAAUGUGAAUACUAAGUUGAAGCAAGUAGAGGAUGAACUUCAUAUGUUUGAUCUGGUAGCAGAAGAAAGGGAGUUUGAAGAGGAAGAAAAAGCUAGAAGAAGGGAGGCUAGAGCCGAAGCUUGCAGGUUAACUAAAAUGGUGGACUGGUUAUGGUUACAAAAGUCAAGACUCAACUGGAAUUUGAAUGGAGAUAAAAACACAAGGUAUUUUCAUGUGAUAGUUAACUGUAGACAGGGGAGAAAUGAAAUUAACUCUUUAACCAUUGGGGAUGUGGUAUUUGAUGAUCCAUGCAAAGUUAUGCAAGAGGUCCAAGCUCAUUUUCAAAAACAAUUUACUAAGGAAUUGAAGUGUAGGCCUAUAUUGGAGGGACCUUUCCAGUUAGUGAGGGAAAGCCCCUAUAUUGAUUUAUUGGAAGCAGAAUUUUCUGAGGAAGAGAUAUGGAGUGUUGUUAAGGGUUGUGAUGGUAACAGGGCUCCAGGCCCAGAUGGGUUUAACUUGGCAUGCUUUCAGAAAUUGUGGAAGGUAAUGAAGUCUGAUGUGCUUUCUUUCAUGGCUGAAUUCCAUAAAAACAGUAAGCUGGUUAGAGGGAUAAACAGUUCAUUCAUUACUUUGGUCCCUAAGAAGGAGAAUCCUAUGGGUUUAGCUGAUUACAGACCUAUCAGUUUGGUUGGGUCAUUGUAUAAAAUCCUCACAAAGGUUUUAUCCUCAAGGUUGAAAGCAGUCAUCCCUCAGAUUAUUAGUGAGAAUCAAUCCGCAUUUAUUGGAGGAAGGAACAUUCUAGAUGGUAUGUUGGUGGCUAAUGAGGUUGUGGAUAGUUGGAAGAAAUCUAGGAAGAAAGGUUUGAUCUUAAAGCUUGAUUUUGAGAAAGCUUAUGACACAAUGAAUUGGGAGUUUCUGUUCUCAAUGAUGAAAAAUUUUGGGUUUGGAGGAAUAUGGGUGGAGUGGAUUAGGGUGUGCAUAACUUCUGUGAGAUUAUCAGUGCUUGUCAAUGGAGCUCCUACUGAGGAAUUCAGUCCACAAAGAGGACUUAGACAAGGGGAUUCCCCGUCUCCCUUCUCGUUUAAUAUAGCUACAGAGGGAUUGAGCAUUUUACUGUCAAGAGCUUUGGAUUUGGGGCUAAUAAAAUGGGUGAAGAUUGGCUCAGGUGGGUUGGAUCUUACUCACCUUCAAUUUACAGAUGAUUCACUAAUACUAUGUGAAGCCAAUGUUCGGGAAGUGCGAAAUCUUAAGAAGAUUAUGAGGUGUUUUGAGAUGCUUUCAGGGGUAGCCAGAGACCUGGACAAGAUUCAGGCUUCUUUCCUCUGGGGUGGAUCUGAAUUGAAGAGGAAGGUUCACUUAAUAAAAUGGAAGGAAGUAGCUAAACUAGUGGAGCAAGGGGGUUUGGGGGUUAAGAGAGUUAAGGAGAUUAAUGAUUGCCUUUUGUUGAAAUGGAGGUGGAGGUUUGGGGUUGAGAACAAAGCUUUGUGGAAGAGAGUCAUUUGUAGCAAAUAUAGGUUGGAGGAGGGGAGUUGGAGCCCUCCGAUUAACCUCAUUAGCAGGUUUUCUAAAAUGUGGAGGGACAUAUUAUCAGGAUCUGAACAGAGUGGCAAUCUGGUGGAGUUCUUCCUGAAUAACUGUAAGGUGAAAGUGGGGAAUGGCCAUAGAGUUAAGUUUUGGGUGGAUAAAUGGUGUGACAACUUAUGUCUCAAAGAUGAAUUCCCACUCUUGUAUAGGUUGGCAGGUGAAAAGGGCGAGACUCUAGCUACUAUGCUGGAAAGGAAUGAAGAUGCUGGUGAGUGGGUGUUCCAGUUUAAAAGGAAAUUGUAUGAUUGGGAAAGUAUGGAGGCAAUCAGAUUGAAAAACCAGCUAGAGGCAGGCACCGUUAUUAGGAACUCUGAAGAAGAUACGCUAGUUUGGAUUGCUUCAAAAACAGGGAGUUUUUCAGUUGAAUCAGUGUCUAGAUUUAUAGCAGAUGGUUUUGGCAACUUCAGUCUAAUUAGUAAAAGGAUUUGGAAAGCUCUUCUUAUGGUUGUUAUGUGGUCUCUAUGGAACCAUCGCAAUGACUGCUUAUUUCGAGAUGUUUCCCCAAGUGGAGAGGGUGUUUCUGAUCUGAUUAAGGUUAGAAUGGAUGUCUGGUUUAAGGAGGUAUUUAAGGAUUGCAGAUUUCUUCGGAUGACGGAUCACUUUCAUCAUGAUGGAGGUUCUCCACACGCCGAGGACGAGCCAGACGUUAUGUCAUUGCCUCCGAGGAUACGACUGUUUGAUCCUACAGCAUACCACCCGGAGGAGCACAUUUUUCCUCCGAACACCUUCUAUCACUUUACCGACUUCGCGCGGCGAGCACCCGUGGACCUACUGCUAUGGGAGCCAGAGUCUUACCUAUCUCACCAGGCGCGAGAGGUAUCUUCCUGUUCCACAUGGGGUUAUGGAUCGAUCAUUGCCAGGGAGUGGUAUAUGGAGCUCCCAGAUACUGUUCGCCAUAUCAUGGAUGAGGCAGGAUUUGGACCUUUCUGCGCGGGCUUAUCACGUCAUCCGGCGAGUAGGACCCUCAUGGGGGCAAUUGUGGAGAGAUGGUGGGACACCACCAACUCGUUCCAUUUUCAGCUACUAGGGGCAUGA